AUGGAUUCAUGGACUCGCUUAAUCUGGGCGUCCUGCAUCAGGAGGAGUUACUAUAGAAGCAAUGGAGUCGGCACGGAGCCCUCGAGGUUGGCAGAGGUGUCGCAGUUGGAGAGCUUAUUGCCGCAAAAGAACCUGAUGCAGUAUACGAGACUAAGCUGGGGCAGCCAACCGCGGCAAAGAGCCAUGGCGGACGAAGCUGCCCUGUGGGCGAACUUACCUUUGGCGACGAAGAAAAUUGCGGGUGCUGACGAGCCAGCUACCGUCGAGGAACAUACCGCUGCUGAAGGCGCCGUUGCAACAGAGGUUUGUGAAGUGGAGGAAGAAGUUGCCAUGGGCAAUGGGGUUGGGAAUUGA